CAGACAACACUUAAGUGCUCAUACCUACCUAGAGUUUAUUUGUAACUCCAUCUCUGGGCCUGGAGCAGUAUUUUAACUUGAGCAAAUCGGCUUGCCGACGCAAUCUACAAAAAAGUAGUGAAGCAACAACUUUCAAGAACUCUGUAAAAUUGUACCCCAAACUUCCUACUUCCUACGUAACGUAGCAAGAUCCACGAUGUGCAAGAUCUAUGGAACAAUAUUAAAGAACUCUGUAACAUUUUUCCUAGCUUUCUACCAGUGCUUCGUCUAUUCGUGUGUAGGUGGCUCUAGUUCCGCAUCAAUUUGAAAAAAUAAAAUACAAACCUCCUAUUAUGACGUCAGACAUCACCUCAUGCGAUCUGUCAUUUGAUUCGUCGAUCGAAGUGUGGUGACUUAUUUUAUUGAAUGGUACGAUUUCCAAAAACGCAAGAAAGUGGUGAAACUAAAAACCUGUGAAAUGGAGGACAACUUGUCCCAUUUGGCCUCGACAGAUGAUUUCAACAUGAUUCCAGACCUCACUGGCAUCGACGAUAUCUUGAAUCACUGCGAGAGUGAACUGCUGAAGAAUGGCCAAUUAUUAUUCGGAGAUGAUGCUCUGCUGCAUCUCAGUGAUGAGGUACCCUUGGAUUUGAUGGAUUUCAACGAAUUGGGAGACAGCAGCACCCUCUUAGACCCCCAAACGUUGUCACCCCCUGUGAGGUCCAGCUCUGUUUUUGCCUCUCCCCAAGUGUCUCCACAAGUGUCUCCUUUUCCAAACACCAACCCAGAAUAUAGCCAGCCAGUGCUCCAGGUGAAAAAUGUGCCUCUACCAGUGCAAAACCCAACAGCUAUGAUCAUUUCCACACCCAAUUUGCAACCAGGUUCUCACACUCAGUCAGUAGUUUAUACAAGUUUGCCCAUUCAGGGGCAGCAUAUUAUUGUUCAAUCAAGUAAUAAUGUACAAGGGAGCAGACAGAAGAGUAGGCCUGUGAUUGUACAGAAUAUACAGCAGAUUCAAACAGAACAUAUGCAGCCUGUUGUGCUACAAGGAAAAAUCAUCAAAAGUGAUCAACAAGGUAACCCACCUACAGUGCUGUACACAACCCCUGUUUCAAACACCUCAUCACAACCCAUCCAUUCUCUUUUGAACAGCGGAAUCAUAACCACCACUGGAAUUCCAUUGGUGUUAGAUGCUGAAACCAAGGUAGCCAUCAACAGGAUGGUUCCAAAUGGUCAAUUCAAAGGGAAAGAGGUGAAAAGAAGUACACACAAUGCCAUUGAAAGAAAGUACAGGACUAGUAUUAAUGACAAAAUUGUGGAGUUGAAGAAUAUGAUAGUUGGAGAGGAUGCCAAAAUGAACAAGUCGGCCAUACUUAGGCGUACCAUCGAAUACAUCCGCUUCCUCCAGAACUCCAACACGCGCCUCAAACAGGAAAACAUGGCUCUCAAGAUGUCGGCGCGUCAGAACACGCUCAAAGACCUGCUGACCACCGGCGACAAGUACCGCCCCGUGGACACGCCCCCACAUUCGGACCCCUCCCUCUCGCCCCCGCAUUCGGACAUCUCGCUGUCGCCGCCGCAUUCGUUGCCGCCCAGUCCGGAGUACAGCACGGACAUCAAGGACGAGACGGACGACGAAAGUGGGGGAGUUUCGAGGUUGACGUUGUGCGUGGUGAUGAUGGUGUUGGUGGUGGCGAAUCCGUUCGGGGUGGCGCUGGAGCGGUUCGGGGGAGGGGGAGAUGGUGGCAAAGGGACGGUGAGAAGGAUGCUGUGGACCGACCCUGCUUCAGUAUCAUUCUCCAUAUCUACCUUGAUGUUAUGGCUGCUGAACAUUUUCAUUUUGUGUUUCUGUCUGGUGAAAAUGUUCGUCUACGGAGACCCGAUAAUUCCGGAAAAAUCCAAGGAAUCUCAGACAUUCUGGCGGCACCGGAGACAGGCAGACACAUUUUUGAAAGAGGGUGACAAAAUUGGCGCCAAACAGGAACUACUCAGAUGCUUGCAAACUUUCGGCAUCACAUUGCCUACCAGCAGAUUUGAAUUGUUCCUCUGCUUCUGUUGGCAACUCUUCAGACAGCUCAUGCACAGACUGUGGAUCGGUAGGUGGAUGUCCAGACACACUGGGGGAUUUUUCGUUGAUGGCGAUUUGCACAAAAUCCAGUUGGUGGCAGGGCCAGAGGAGACCUGCCACCUUCUCGGCCUCACUACGGCCCUGAACGCGAUAAAUAUGGCGGAGGCAGCUAAGGGGAGGAUAAAGCAAGUGGACAUGAUCGAUAUUUAUGUAGGGGUGGCCUUGAGGAUCAAGGCUAGCAUUCCUAAUUUUCUUCAUCCUAUACAAAGAUAUUAUUUGGGACUGGCCAAAUUAUCUUCUACCAACUGUUGCGACGAGGUGCCGAAAAGGUUGCAAUGGCUGCUCACCCCGUAUGGAUUCAAAUUUUUCAUCUCCCAUAAGUUCACCAAGGACGUGAAGUGCAGAGAUCUACCGUUCAGUUCUAUCGGAAAUAGUAUCGAUCCACUUGCCAUACAGAUGAAGGCAAGCUAUCACGACCAAGUGGCCGAAUGGUGGAUGUCGUUCGUCUCGAUCGCGUGCCACUGGCUGCUCGAGGACGACCGAUCCGACGCUUUAUACAAGAAGAUCGAACGCAUCCCCGAGCGGCUCGCCUCUCUCAACGAUCCGCUGCCGAAGGCUGUGGUAGCCGCUUUCGUGGCACGCAAGAAUUAUUUGAGGCCCGAGGCGAACAUUGCGCCGAAGAAGCUGUCCCAAUUAUUGGUCUGCGACUGGCUGUUGGAGACAAGAACAGCCCUAUGGGAAGACAGCGUUGACAAUGGCCUCAGAAGCCCUGUGUCCAAUUGCGUUUUGACCUCUUUUCAAGCCGAUCUGGCGUCUUUGAGGACUCUCGCAGAACACGUGCCUAUCGCUUUACCCAGGGUGUUUUUGUACGAGGCUACGGCUAGACUGAUGGCGGGAGCUGCCCCCGGAGACAAGAACCAGCAGGAGCAGAGCGGUGAAAGACAACACGCCGCCGCCCUCUACCUGGCCUGCAAGCACUUGCCUGCGGCGCUUCUUUCCUCGCCAGGGGAACGAGCCGGCAUGCUGGUCGAGGCUGCCAGGACUUUGGAGAAGAUCGGCGACAAGAAGAAGCUGCAGGACUGCUACGAGCUCAUGAAGGCUCUGGGCACCAACGCGGUCAACAAUUGAAAGGAAUGAGAGAUGGAAAUGAGAUUGUGCAAAGGGGGAAACCCCGGGAAGAUUAUCGGAUUUCUUACAACCUCGUCGAGGUCGAAAACUUGGAUAGAACAUACUAAAAUUUCCGAAAAUUUCACUAACUUCUGAAUUUUUCGUCGCUAAAAGUACUUGGCGACUGGACUGUUUGAUAAGACAGAUAGAUAUGUUUUAUUACCUAGAGAGAAGAAUAAACUUACAUAUGACUGAAAGCAGUUCUUGUUUCUCUUGCUAUCUAUCGAGAGAACCAGCGGGGACCGAGAUAAUUUGUUAAUAGAGUGAUUUGUAAUGACCUAUUUCCAAAGUGCAUUCAUUUUUUCGAUACUACAUUCAGUUGAGUCCAUGCGUUGCUUACAGUUGAUAUUAUGCAUCAAUGACUCUUUGAACCUAUUGUUUGGAAUUUACAAGCACAUACUGAGAAACAGCGGGGACCGACCUAAUUUUUUGUUUAUUUACAACCAUAUAUCCAACAUAUAUCUGAUGUUGUCAUUACUAACGUCAUUGAAGGUUGGGAAGUGUCACAUUACGCACCUCUACUUCCCUCCCUCUCCCCACACAGCACAUGUAAAAAAAAUUUUUAUCGUUAGGACGUCCAAUGGAAGUACUCGAGUGGACGUUCAACAUCCUAUGGACGUCCACUGGAUGUCCUGAUGACACCACUUUGGACGUACUAUGGAUGUCUUCAUGUGGAUGUUCAUAUUUGGACUCACAAUGGAUGUACAUGUCUGAGAAUCCAUUGGACGUACCAAAUUGGACGUUAAACGUCCAAUGAAAGUCCAUUGGAUGUCUUGAGGACACCACUUUGGACGUACAUUGGAUGUUUACAUGUGGGUGUAGAAUGGAUGCUCAUCUUUGGGAAUCAGAUGAUGAAAACUCAGUAGGUAUCAAAUAUAGCUUCUUCUAUUGAAAUAUAUAUUUGGUGUCGAUUGCAUAUAUAUAAAUAUAUUGUUGAUUCAUGUCUUCUCUUCAGUCCAUUUCGAAUUCUUGUUCCUGUAGU